AUGCUCAACAAGAAGAGGAGCUACGCGCAGUACCAUCUCGAAUUAGGGCAGUCGGACUUCCUCCUCCGAUCCUGCUCCGUCUGCGGGAUGAUGUACGCCCCCGGGGACGAGUCGGACCAGAAGCUCCACGGGGAUUUCCAUAAGAAGUACUACGAAGGAAUUCGGUUCAAGGGCUGGCGCAACGAGAGAGUUAUCUCGAUGCCCAGCGGAGGCAAUUGUCGCAUCCUGUUGGUUCUCGACGAUGCAUAUAAUAUUGGUGGGCAAGUCAUUACUGCCAACUGCAUUGAGUACUCCAUUUUGGGUUGUCGGACAUCUCGGAUGGGUCGUUGGCUUGAAACUAUACUCUCAAAUGCUACGAGGAAGAAAUCUGGGGAAGACAAGCAGCUUAUCUGGUCCAAAAUGGGUCUCCCUAGUUGCCAUCCCCUUGUUUUCUUUGCAAUCUGCACCGGAGCUUCCUCGGACCCCAUCCUAAGAGUCUACAGUGCCAAGAAUGUGACAGAGGAGCUGGAGAAAGCCAAGAAGGAAUUCCUUCGAUCCCACGUUGUGGUCAAGAAAUCUAACAAAGUUUUUCUGCCAAAAGUCCUCGAUAGAUACGCAAAAGGGAUAUGCAUCAACUGUGACAAUUCUACAAGCUUUAAUAGAUAUGCAAGCUUUAAGUCUAUCAAGCAUGUUAAACUAAAAAUUGUACAAGCUUUUCUUAGGAAGUUGGCAAUUUUCCACUAUUGGUUAAACUCAUAUUCUAAAUAA